CUCCGUCAACCGCAACCACCGCCGCCAUGUCCUGCUCCAUACCCCAAAGCUGCUUGAGGCAGCUCUCUCGGAAUACCCUGAAACAGGGAUUCUUGCCCGCGUUCACCUCUCCCGCCGCCUCCCUGUCCCGACGCACACAAUGUUUUUCGACCACGGCUCCGGCACAGUCUCGAGUUGGCGGCGCCGCGAUUUCGGUACCGCCAGAGGUUUCAUUGAGUUUUAUUGAUCUGCCUCAGACGCAAGCUCGUGGGAGGACAAAGGAGGUUCCGAAGACUGCGGUUGAGAUAAAGGGGCCAUUAGGCCAAUUGACCCUUGACCUCCCUCCCUUCCUCGAAGUUGCCCAUGAUGAAGCUACCCGGAAAGCAAAGGUGUCUGUGAGAGACUCCGGAAAUGAACACCAGCGUGCCAUGUGGGGUACCAUGCGUGCGCACCUACAGAACUAUAUCCUUGGCGUUGCGGAAGGUCACAUCUGUAUCCUCAGUCUUGUUGGUGUCGGUUAUAGGGCCAGCAUCGAAUCCACAGCAACCACGGUCGAACCCACAUAUCCCGGCCAACAAUUCAUUAACCUGAAAGUCGGUUUCUCACACCCCGUUGAGCUGGGUAUUCCGGAGGGCGUUAAGGCAAGCACUCCGCAACCCACACGUAUCCUGCUGGAAGGCGUUAAGAAAGACAUGGUGACGAGGUUUGCGGCAGAGAUUCGGGAAUGGAGAAGACCGGAGCCGUACAAGGGCAAGGGUAUCUUCAUUAACGGAGAGACGAUCAAAUUGAAGGCUAAGAAAAUCAGGUAAUUUUGGCGGUUUUCUAAAUUUUCUGUUCUUCGGGGAGCAAUUGGGACACUACUGGGUUAUGGUUUUUCGUUGAGAUGUAUAUUGAAGCACUUUUAUUUCCCCCGCAUGUUGUAUCUAUCCAAUGUAUUUCUAGGCACACGUAGCAUGACAUGACAAAAAAAGCUCAUUCAUCAUUAUAGGUUCUCAUUAUAGAUCAUACAUGAAUUUUUCUUUACAGCUUCAGAACAACCUUGACGGCAUCAAUAACCUGGUCUUGGAAGGCCUUGGGGGCGGCAACAACACCCUUGUUGGCAGCAAGAGUC